GGUGCUUUUCACUGUCUGCUAGAGUUCGAGUGAUACACUUGCGGGUAUACUGUACACCACAUCCCGCAGUUUUGUGUCUGAAGAUUGGGCCCUGUGGCUUCGAAAUCGAUAGCGAUAGGAAAACAAUAACAGGCAGCAUGUUGAGCACCUUGGCGAGCUACCUCCUGGGCAGCCAGUCGUCCGAGCAGGCGGCUGUAGCACCCGAUGUCCGGCUGCGUGCCAUUGAGACUGAUGAUGACUGGCUGCUAGUCGAAACUGCUGGUGCCACAGACACCUCCAUCUCCGCCUCCGCCACCUCGCCGCCGCUGUCGCUGGUACUGCGGCCGUCUGGCACACCGACGCCCACGGCAGCACGGUCGCGGUCCCUGUCGCGUGCCUCCUCUGCGUCGUCGCUGCCCUGCGAGGACUCGUGGUUCGUGACACCACCGCCGUGCUUCACGUCAGCAGGACCCGUGCACAUGGAGACGUCACCAUUGGAGGACCUGCUCAUCGAGCAUCCCAGCAUGUCCGUGUACCAGCGCUCGUGGCCGGCACGUGCCCCCAUCACCGUCCCGCCACCAGCCGCCCCCGCGCCUGCCCCCCGGCGUUCCGAGUCGCUGCCCCCACCGUCGCCAUCGCCUGCGCCGCGCACGCCAUCACCGUCGCCAUCACCUCCCCCAACACCUGCAGCGGCACGCCGUCCCCGUGACCACCACUCACCCCCACCGCCACCUCCAGCUGCCGCUGUGCAGCCACUGCCCAGGCGGCACAAUGUGUACACGCUACAGCACCGCCAGCAGCAGCAGCUGCUUACGCUCAGGUCCAGUCAGAAGGUGCAACAGCGCAGAGCAUGCCAAAUGCUCAAGAGAAAUCAUCUUGAGCGCCAGAACAAGGCUCGUGAAAAUAAUUCCAGGAAGAAAGUACUGCGACGCUCGGACUAUAUGCAACAUCACUCAGGGGCAAAUAACAAUAGAAAGUGCUAGCUUUAGCUCACUUAUUCAAUGAUCUCACACUCAGUAAAGGAAAAAAAAAAUUACUGGGUGACAAAAUAUUGUAAAUUUAAAAAUACCACAAAAAAGUGUUCACUCUGAUGUCCACACAUCUGCCUGCAAUUACAAAUGAACAUUUGCAAUUUAUAUAUGCUAACUGAAGAGUUUCUUGUUAAAUGUGGCACAUUAGAAUAAGUGAAAUAAUUUUUAUUAUGAUAUAUUGCCUGCACAAUGAUAUGGUGCAGAACUAAGUAAUAAUAUAACUAGCAGCUAUUGUUUUCUUCAUUAUUGUGAUAAAAAAAUCUAAAUGGAAAUAAUAAGCAGGGCCUUCUACUUAUGAUACUGCACGUAGAUGUUAUACAGUGAUGUCUCAAAUACCAAAACAUAUGUACACACCUGCAAAGUACAUAUAUUUACAAAAAAAAAACUUAUUAAAAGUGAGACAUACUUGUUUGUGUUACUAAUCAGGAUUUUUUGGUUGAAGUGUUAGAGAACAUGUGAUCCUUAAAA